AUGACAACUUACCACCGUCAGUACAAGGUUGGCCGGAAGCUGGCGGAAAGGGGGUGUGACCGGGUUUUUCAGGCUCGGCGGAGGGGCCGGGAAGAAACCGUCUCAGUGAAGAUGGUGCCCUUCAACGUGGAUGCGAUCAGGGAGGUACAGCUCCUGGAUGACAUCACUCACCCAAACGUGGUGAGACUGACCGAGGCCUUGGUGUCCCCCCCCCCCAGACACAUACAUGGACCGAGGGCGACGGUACCGGGGUUCUACCGUAUAUUGCGUCAGGUGGCGGAGGGGAUAGCCGCCUGUCAUCAGGAGCACAUCGUCCACCGUGAUCUGAAACCGGAAAAUGUGCUCCACCGGGACGGCCGAUACGUGGUGGCUAAUCUGGAACUGGCCUGUGAGCUGCAACCGGGACAGGGUCUCCUAACCGAUCUGGUUUGCACCAGCUUAUACUGGGCCCCAGAACAACACCGGGGAGACCCGUAUGGAGAAGGGGUGGGCCUUUGGGCACUCGGGUUGGUGGCACGAUAUGUCGCCACCGGUCUGAUCCCACAACCAAAAGACCGAUACUCCGGUGCGGAGCUGGCAAGCUUAAGCUCCCCUGUCCGGUGGUUCAUCGAGGGAUUGCUCAUAAUCGAUCCGAUCCUUCGGCGACCCGCGGGGCAAUGGGAUGGGGCGCGGCACUGA